AUGCCGGAUCCAACCCCGAGUCUUCCCAUCAUCAUUAUGGGCGCUGGCAUGGUUGGUCUGACCAUUGCACAAGCUUUUCGGAAAGCAAAUAUACCUUUUGAAAUUUACGAACGCGAUUCUUCCUACAACACGGAGAAGGGCAGGGGAUGGGCCCUGACUGUCCACUGGGCUCUUGGAGCUCUCGAGGCAUGCCUUCACGCAGAAAUCUUCAAUCGACUGGAGACUAUUCAGGUUGACCCAACCUUGGAUGACAGCCGCCGAUUCUGCUUCAUCGAUCUGGCCACUGGGGUCCCGAAAUACGUUAUUCCCCCAACAAAGCGGCAUCGUGUGAAUCGUCGAUUGCUUGGCCACUUAAUCGGAGAGGGUAUUGACAUACGUUACAACAAAACUCUGUCGGACUUUUGCAUUGACGGAAAUGAAGUCAACGUUUCUUUUACUGACGGAGCAUUCACAAAAGGGUGUCUGCUUAUCGGAGCCGAGGGCCGGAACAGCAAAACCCGCCGCCUUCUUCUCGGCGAGAAGCUUGGUGGCUUGAACCCACUUCCGGUUUCCAGUAUAGGCACCACAAUCCUAAUGACGCCUGAUGAGUUCGCCUCAAUCAGCACUAUUGAUCCCCUUCUCUUCCAGGGAGCCCACCCCGAGACAGGCGUGUAUAUGUGGUUUUCGCUGGUCUCUAGUCCAACUAUCAAUGGAAGCUUGGGAGCAGAGAAACCAUAUUACGAAGGUCAACUGAUCCAGUCAUGGCUGUACAAGAGUGAAAGCGACACUGUUCCGGAAACCGACAUAGAGCGGCUCGCGAUCUUCAAACGCAAUGCAGAGAGCUUUGAGCCUCGUUUGCGAAGUGCGAUUCUGUCGCUUCCAGAUGACACCAAGGUGCUGCAAAUCAAACUGGCUGAUUGGUUACCAAUACCCUGGGACAACCACAAUGGCCAUGUCACGGUUGCCGGUGACGGUGCUCAUGCAAUGACAUCCUACCGCGGAGAGGCCUUCAAUCAUGGUGUCGCUGAUGCUGCUAUACUAAGCAGAAAUCUUAUAUCUGCUUGGCAUUCCUCGGAUCCGGAGAAUAUCAUGCAAAGAGCAGUCAACAGAUAUGAGGAGGAAAUGCGCGACCGAACAUACGAUGCCGUGUUACUCAGUACGCAGGCUUGUUUAGAAGCACAUGAUUUACAUUUUUUGCGGCCAGAUAGCCCCUGUGUGAGUAAGCGGGCACAGAUUGCCACUGAAGCUAGGGAUGCAAGGGCGCAUGCACGGCGAGAAAUGGAUUGA